AUGACGCCUUCGCGAACCAACAAACGCAAACUGACACCGUUGAAAUCUCCUAUUAAGACUCCUUUCAAAUCUCCCAUUUACAAAGCAAGAGCAAUCGGUAAGAGAUGUCCAUCGUCAAGAUCUCUUUUUGGAAUGGCAUCACAAGUCGAUAGAUUGACUGGUACCGAUUUGGACGAAAACUUGAAUGUGGUCAACGGUGCCGAUGGCGAGACACUUGUGAUAAAUGAGAAUACAAACAAUUCGAAUAAAAGAAACAACGUAGUUGGUGAUGUAGAGUUUGAUAACAAUCUGCAAGAGGUAACACAAGAAAUGUUAACGUUGGUCCCAGAAGUAGUUUCAAAACUGGCUAAAACUCCUAAUGCUAUUCACUUGAUAAUUUUGGCUUUCUUCCGCCAAGUUAAAAACGACGCCUUCCCACUUGACAAUAUAGCAUUCCUUCUCUGGCUGGAAGUCGUUUCCUGGUAUAAUUGUGGCAAUACAAAACGAAUGCGUUAUUUGGACACAACAAAGUUAUUUUGGAAGUUAGGUUGGAGGAUGUUUGGAGGGAGAUUCAUUAACUUUAUGUGCGGUUACAAAAAUCAGCAAAGUGAAAAGAACGAUUUUUCCGACGAUCCUAAAUGCAGUUUUGAUCCUGCUUCAUCUCGCAUCAACUUCGUCGUACCAGAUGAAAAGGUCCUUCGAAAAUCAACGCCUUACACUGAAGUAACCGAUAGAAAACCUGGGUUUUAUGGUGACAUAAUGGUGCAUAUGGGCGAGAGUCUGUUUCAACAAUCUGCGUGUCUGACAUUUGAUGGCAAGAAAAUCAAGCAAGGUCUUACCAAAUAUUCGGGGGAUGUUGAUUUACUUGGAUUCGAGGAUUCGUCUUCACUACAAGAGCGUCUGUUAAAUGUUGAGAUGUCUACAAGCGAGUACGACGCAUUCAUUUGUUACCUUCAACAAUACAAAAACACACAAAAUUUAGAAAGUAUCUCAACAGAAUGUCGACAUAAAUUAAAGCAGAUUCUAGGAAAGUCCCUCCGUGAAACAUCUGCCGGUAUUGUGGAGGCUAGUGCCCUGAAAAAGAAAAAAGAAUAUGCCAAGGAAAAAUUAAUUGAAAAGGGUGGUGGAGGACUUGCCUGGAAAGAAAGCAAAUUCUCUUACGCGAUAAGUUCAGUUAUAGGUUUUCUCCAUGAUAUCGACAAAUACUUACUUGCCGCAGAGAUGUGCAUUAAAAGCAUAUGCUUAUGUUUAUGUUCACUCAACGACACACCAUACAUUUCAGAUGUUAACAUAAAUCUAAGCGAGUGUGAGAAUUAUUUUCCUCUAGAAGUUCAAAAGGAAGACGAAAACAACACCAGACUCUUACCACAACGAACUGAGAAAUGGUUUGAAAUACGAAAAAAAGCAAAGGUUACGGGUAGCACGAUACACAAGGCUAUUGGUCUCGAUGGUGUAAAGAAAUUGAAAGACUAUUUUGAACUCGUAAAAUGUAACAUACCGGAACAGGAAGUUAAUGCAAAAACUAAGGAAAAUAUGCAGCAUGGUACCAUAAAUGAAAUCAAUGCAGUUGCAACUAUUGUUACAAGGAUAAUGCCGAUAGUCACCCCUGAACUGGUGUUUUGUGAGGAAGGAUGUGUACAGGUGUUUGAUGAGGACAGCCAACCAUUCUUAGUUGUUUCACCCGACGGAAGUCUACGGCUAAACAAAGAACUUUCGUCCACCAAGGUAGCUGUAGAAAUAAAAUGCCCAGUAAAUGGUGUUCACACAUUUUUCCCGUCUCGCUAUUAUUUACAGUGCCAAGCAGAGAUAGCAGUUCUCAACGUUGAAUGGCUACUGUAUGUAAGCUGGACUGAAAAUACAACGUCGGCCUUUAAAGUGCUCCGCAAUGAUGAUAUCUUUCGAAGGGCCAUGAAAACAGCUAUGUGUCUGUAUAACGGAAAUGAGACAAAGAAACCAACAAAAAUUGGUCCAGAGAUAAAGCAGUUACAAUAUGAAAUAGAAGAACAAAGUAAAUCAGUUGAGUUUCUAGGACUGUUCCCUUCGGCAAAAGCCUGUUCAGCGAGCAACAUGAACAGAGAAUCAGCUUCAUCAAUCAAAACAUUUAUGGAUGUAAUAAACCAAGUUAAGAAUACUCACAAUGACCUGUAUGAGCUCACAAGAGAAAGAGCAACAGAAGCAGUGGUCUUUCUCUGCACGGAUUUGGAUAGAAAUUGGAAAAAAGAGGAGUUAAAAUGCGCCCCUGUUGCCUGGUUUCCAAAGGGAUACAGCCUCAAAACUACAACAAUGAGAACAAUUGCCGAACAUGUGCACAACAUGUGUCAUGACGCUGGAAUACACGUCCCUUGCCAAUCGUUUGACGGUCAGUGGCAUAACAUUAUUGUCAGAUCACUCACAAAUAGUCCACUAACGGUACUGGCGCUACAGAAGGACGUUUGGAAUGAAGUUCAAAAGAUGAAAAAAUCUGAUAUUAUCACUGCAUUAAAGCAAUUUAACCGAAAUCCUGUUAUCCUUCGCGCGACAACCAUUGACAAAGAUCACAAAUCAAAAACAACUAUUACGUUUGUAAAUGGCCUUGUUAGAGUUCCUUUGCUGUAUGCCACCGAAAGAAAGGAAGAGAGUGGUAACAGUAACGUUGCUGGUGACAAUAACUUAAACACAAGGCAUAACAUUGACGAUUCAGAAAACAAUAGACUUAUUGACAACCGAGAAAUCCAGGAUAAUAAUAAUGAAGAUACAAAUGAAGUUUGUAGACAAAGUAAUGACCAAAUUGGCGACGAAAUCAAUACAACGGACAUGUCAGACGAACACGAAGAUAAUAGCAAUGAACAUGGAAAUGGUGCAGAUGAGCCCUUGCACCAGAAUAUAAAAGAACAUGACUUGCUUGAUAAACAAGAUGUGAAGCAAAUAUUGCUCUUGUUGAAGGUUGAUAAAACAUGUAAUUUAAAGGGUAAAUGGAACUCAGUUACUGAAGAAAGUUUAUCCGAUUGUUUUUCAUGUACAGAGAAAUUAAAGAAGCUCUUGAACUCUGAAUUAGCCAUUAUUCUACAUUACCUGAAGAAAGUAAAGCGAUUUGACAUAAAACGUCCAACUAUAUCCACAAAACAGGAUAAACUGAUCGUUCUUUCAAGAUGUUUGAAGUUACAGUAUCCAGAACAGAAACAAAAAAGACCAUUGAAGCAAGUAAUGCUGUCGUUAAGUGAAUUAGCAUCCAAGGUGUUAAUAUCGAAAACGACAAAACAGUCAUUGAACAGAAUUUAUGCAGAGCUGCUUUGGCCAAAGAAAUACAGUACAUGGAAAGAGAAUGGUACAGUUCAAACAAAUCUGAUAUUAGACGGGAUAUGUGCCAUCAAAGAGUGGUUUUACCAACCUGAAUAUAGCGAACGAAGAUCGCAGCUGGAAGUUCGCUGCAUUGAUGCGACACAUCUGUUGACACGCACACGACGAAAAAGCUGCCACGGAGGAUUAGAUAACUCGAGAAAAGAAAGCUGGCUUAAUGUAGCUAAAACGGGAAAGACAAGGCUUACACCGAUUAUGGUCGAGGAGGUUUCUGACCCGAUGUCUGCUUCAAUGGCUGCAACUCAUUUUUCAGAAGAAGUUGAACGUGAAAUGAUACAUUUAGGUGACGAGAAGACGGCCGAUCUUUGUCGUGACAUCAGAUUGUGGUGGGCAGCAGAGGAUACGGCCGGAAUCUCUGCAAAGGAUAGGGUGGUUAAUAGACUGAUGCUUCGAAAUAGACUCAUUAACAACUACGAUUUCGGUUCAUUUCCCCCAGCCACUAUGUAUAUCAAUGGAUGGCCCAUUCAGCUUUGGGAGGCGCUCAUCGCUCACAUCGACGCCAAAAUAAUUCUCUAUUCACUAUGUCAUGGAGGAACAUACAACGUCAGAGCCUUCAGUAGCUUGGCUGGUGAGACGUUUUUCUCCGAACUGACCUUAAACGACAGACGGGGGCAAGGCACGGUGACUACUGAAGAAUUUGGACGGUUUGUGGGUAAUUCCAUUGAGCAAAUGCAGGCUCGACUUGACCCGGAUAGACCAUUUAUAUACCGUACGGGACGAUCGCAUAAAUAUCAUCUGCUGGAGAAGUCUAAGGAUUUAUCAUCAGAGUGUGACCAGAACUGUGCGGCAUGCGUCUCUAGAUUCAGAGCAGUCGUUACUGAUAUUACGAUCAAAGACCAUUUCUUUGAUCAUCGAAAAGGGAGUAAGAAGAAAGGCGGGACCGUUGAUAUGGACAGAAACUCUAUACAAAAAGGCGCCCUUGGUGUUAGGUGGGAAAAAGCUAGAAGAAAUGAUUCCAAAAUGCUGGUUACUUCUAAAAUGGGCUUAACAGACGUCAUCUAACUUUCAUUGUGUUUUGUGUACUAUAUUAAAACAGCAAAACGAUGAAUUCGAAUGUAAAUAAUAUAGAUUAUAUACCAGCAACAUGUAAUGACAUAUUCAUUUAAA